AUGCCUCCCAGGAGAAAACCCUUGGGAUUUGUUACCAGCAGCCAGAUCAUUGAUGUCAAGCUCAAUCUCAAGGAAGACAAUUCCUGUGUUUCAGAUGCUGUGUUCCCCAGGCUCUGGCCCUGGGUAUUGGGAUUCGCUGUGCCUCUGUGUCUCCUGGCUGCUGGAACAACCAUUUGUGUUCUCUUUGUUCAAAUUAGAAGAAAACUAGCUGCACUCACUAAAGAACUUGAGCAAAGAAAAGCCCUGGGCAUGAAAAGGCUGAAAAAAAUAAAAAAAUAUGCAGAAGACAUAACACUGGAUGAGGACACUGCACACCCUCUCCUCAAAGUAUCAUGGGGCAGAAAAUAUGUGAGAUCUGUUGUGGAAAAACAAGAUGUUCCUGACAAUCCUGAGCGGUUUGACACUCACAGGGCUGUUCUGGGGGAGAACAGCUUCUCUGCUGGUGACCAUUACUGGGAGGUGGAUGUACAAUUGAAGGACAGGUGGACAAUAGGACUGUGUGUGGACUCAGUCAGGAGGAAAGGAGACAUCUCUGUUUGUCCUGAAAAUGGGUUCUGGGCACUUUCCCUUGAGAAAGAUGAGUACAAGGCACUCUCUACCCCCCCUUCCAUUCUUAAUGUUCCAAAAUGCCCUGACAUUGUGGGUAUUUUUCUGCAGUAUGAGAAAGGAUUGAUCUCUUUCUACAAUGUGACAGAUUGUAGCUUUCUUUUUACUUUCAAAAACAUGUUCACUGAACCCCUGAGGCCAUAUUUCUACCCUGGACAAUGUAUUAGUGGAAACAUGGGGGGCCUCCAACUCCCCAAGUUUCAGUGACAGAUCCUGUCAUUGCUGUGGGGCACAGCUGAGACACCACAGGGUGUCCUCAAGGGCCAUGAGAGCAUCAGAAACCCCACCUAGGAGGCUGCAGUCAGGGGAGCCAGGAUCUGCCUCAGGCCCAGACUCCUCCAGACUUUGGGGAAACUCAGAGUGACCCUUUGUACUGUCCCCUCUGUGCUGCCCUCAUCCACACCUCAUCCUCCCGGAAUGCACUUUCCUUAUUGCGUUGGCUUUAGGACAAAACGCAAAGUUCUCUGAACAGAUUUUUCCCAGAUAUCAGUUAAAAGUCUGAGACUAGGGGGGUUGGGCGGUAGUACAGUGGGUUAAGUGCAGGUGGCGCAAAGUGCAAGGACCAGGGUAAGGAUUUUAGUUGGAGUCCCCAGCUUCUCACCUGCAGGAGCUAACUUCACAAGCUGUGAAGCAGGUCUGCAGGUGUCUGUCUUUCUCCCCACCUCUGUCUUCCCCUCCUUUCUCCAUUUCUCUCUGU